GCCUGGGCUGUGUGGCGUUAGCGACUGACGGGCUUUUGUAAUGCCUUCGGGUUCAUCCCGCGAUCUUUAAGCCCUUGAGGCUUGAGGAAAUCAUUCGUGUCGAAACAAGUAUGCGGACAGAUCAGACCGGACCUGUUUUGUCGUCUUGUAGCUUGUAGGAGGUACUGUAAAUGACAUGGCAUUUUAUCUCUACUGGCAGUCGGUGUGUUUUAAAGGCAGCAGGUGGUUGAGGACUACAUCAUUUUUAAAAGAAGAUUCAGAUUUGAAGAGGACAUACAGAUUUUUAAAAAUUUGUUUCUUGGCAGAAAAGAACUGGACAAAAGGAAACUGUUAAUUAACAACAACACAAUGAAGUAACCUUUGAACCACACUUUCAGUCCUGAGCAGGAUAUAUUAGUGUCCCAUUCAGUUUCUUUUUAAGCCAGAGACACUUUUCAUUGUGUGAGGCACAGGUGAAGACAUCUCCAGCCUCCCUCUGACAGAUCCCUGACCUCUGCAGCCAUGGGUGAAUGGGGGUUCCUCGGGAGCGUCUUCGACAACCUCCAGGCUCACUCUCCGAUGCUCGGACGCUUCUGGCUCUUCCUCAUGCUCAUGUUUCGGAUCCUAAUCCUGGGGACUGUGGCCAGCGACCUGUUUGAGGACGAACAAUUGGAGUUUACCUGCAACACCCUCCAGCCGGGCUGCAAGCAGGUGUGCUACGACAAGGCGUUCCCCAUCUCCCAGUACAGGUUUUGGGUGUUUCACAUAGUUCUGAUUGCUACGCCGUCCAUAGUCUUCCUCUUGUACGCCACACAUCAAAAUAAAAAAAAAGCCUUGCGGCCCAAGUCGAGGCGCAGCAGCAUUCAGAACUACAAAGACGACCGCCGUUUGAGGAGGCUGUACAUCAUCAACGUCAUCUUUCGAAUCAUAGCGGAGGUGGCCUUCUUGGUGGGCCAGUGCAAGCUGUACAGCUUCAAGGUGCCAGCCCAGUACCCCUGUGAUCGCUUUCCCUGCCCCUACACCGUGGACUGCUUCACCUCCCGCCCUAUGGAGAAAACGAUCUUCCUCUACUUCUACUUUGGCGUGGGGGUCCUAUCUGCCUUUUCUAGCAUUGUAGAGCUGUUCUACAGCUCCAUAAAGUGGUUCUGCUGCAACCAGGAAGACUUUGAUCUGGAAGACAGAGCCUGCAAGAAUCUCCAGAACUUCAGGCAAGAUGAGUCGGGCAAGAAGACGAUGUCAGACAGUGCAUCCGGCAGCGUGCAGCUAAAGAAAGGAUCAGUGAAGAGCAGCAAGACGAUCUCCACUAAAGGCAAGAGAGGCAAAUAUGUGAGCACCAGGACGUGCAUGGUUUGACACGUCAACAUUUCCUGCUCAAAAAAUGUUGGUUUUUUUUAUCUAACGGUGUACGUCAUUUCAUCUUAAAAUGCCAUGUAUGUAUGUGUGACAGAGUUUCCCUGAUUGGAGACAUAAUAAGGAAGCCUUAGGAACGAGGUCAGGAAAUGAGUGUAAAGACGAGGCCUGGUUGACCUGCAGGGAUCGUGAAUCACGCCCAACUCUAAACACUUGAGAGAGAAAAAUCUGACAGCAAGGCCCUUGUUAGACCUGUUUAACGCUUCCUUGGUUGCUGCAGAGCUCACUCUGACACUCUCAUUGUAGUGAAAAAAAUCCACCCUCAAGUGUGCUUUUAUGAAGUGUUUCUCUCCAUCACUGAAAGUGUCUGAAGAGAAACACUCUUCAGACACUUUCAGUGUCUGAAGAGUGUCUGAAGAGUUUUCCAAAAUAGAAAGAAAAAUUUGACAUCAGAAAAAAUACACUUCUGUUGUUUUGUUGUUGAAUGAGUUAGCUGCUUAGCUUAGGCUUUGCUAAAUUUGAGCCAACUCAAAAGCAAUGCUAUAUUUGAAUUUUUGUGAAAGUAUUCUACCUGCUGACAAGUUAGGUUUUUAUUUUACAUUUGUAAGUGUAUUGGUCAUAUGUCAGGCAGAAUUUUUCAGUUUGCUACUUAGAAAUAAAAGUUUAAAAUGUAGUUUACGUCUGCUACUAGCAUAAAUUUGUUUAUUGUGGAUGUAAUUUGAAAAAAGGGCCAUUUUGUUUCUUUUGAAUUUUAUAAAACAGUAUUAUUGUCUACAUUAUACUUUAAAUCUAUAGUAAACAUAAAUGUGACUUGUUUUGGAAAUAAGGCACCGACUUUAGACUGAAGUAAAUACCAUAUGUGAGCAAUACAUAUUACCCAAUACUUUAGCUGAUUUCUUUUUCCAACUGGUUCAAACACAUUUUUAUAUCAGUGGUGGGUCAUCAGGGCCUGCAUGCAGUAUCAAAAUGCCUACCAUUCACA